UACCGUGGCGACUGGCUCUACAACGAGCAGCAUGGCAAGGGCGAGCACCGCUGGGAGGACGGGUCGGUCUACAACGGGGCUUGGGUACAUGGCAAGAUGCAGGGGCAGGGGAGCUACCGGUGGAAGGAUGGGACCAAGUACAACGGAGAGUUCUAUGAUGGCGUCAGACAUGGGAAGGGGAGGCUGAGAUACCCAGACGGGAGGAUGUACGACGGGGAGUGGAAGGAUGGAGACAUCUGCGGAGAAGGCACCCUUCACUAUGCCAACGGUUGGACGUACGAGGGAGAGUUUCUCUCCGGGUUCAAGCACGGUCAUGGGAUCAGGACCGAGUGGUACGGGGGC